GAGAAGGGCCGGGGCCCGGCCGCGCCAGGCGAGGGGCUCGUGACCCUGAGGAGGAAGGCCGACGGCGGCGAGGAAGGUCCCUGCUUCCUCUACCUGCAGUGCGAUCCUCGCGGUUAUGAAGAAAUCGUUUCACUCUGGAUUGUAAGCGAAGCCAGAAAUAUGGAAGUGUACGCUGGAGAGGAGUACCGUGGUACCAGUCGAGGGGAAAGUGUUUGUACCGUCCCGGAUGACAGUGGAAAUGGCGUGAUCACUCUGUAUAAGAAACAUCUAAAAUUGGAGGACCCCACCGACGCUUGUAAAAUUAAGCUGCUCUCCUUUGGUGAAAAGCAAAGCGUGUCCAUCAGUAAAAUUCAAGUCCAACUAAGGAGGGUGUCUGCAGAUUCUUCAACGAGCUCACCUACUCUAGGAUCAAGAAUUGACCUCGAUAGAGUUCAAGCUAUGAUGGAAUCCAUGGGAUCAAAGCUAUCUCCUGGGGCUCAACAACUGAUGAAUAUGAUUCGGUUUCAGCAGCGGAAUUGUGUGCCUUUUGGAGAACAACUUCCGUCUGUCCUGGGAAAGAAAGAACCGGAUCCCUUCGGAGACCCAGAAAUGAGAGAUGGACUCCAACGUCGGUCAUCUCCGAUGGGAGAUUCAGAUAAGAUGUCUGUUAGACACUCUCCUUUUAAAUCGAGUCUGACCCCUGGAGCAGUCACUGAAGCCUUUAAAACUUACUUUGAAAGGCACCCACAACAGUUUGCUGGAGACUGCACCGAAGGCCCUGAAAUUCUACCACCAAACAGUGUUUGCCCCCAAAAUGACAUUAAAGUUGUAUCUGCUUUGUUGCAAAAGAAGGCAAAUGCAAAUCUUCCUUGUUUGGAGUUACUUCCUUUUUUCCAAAAUUUAUGUAGCCAGGUAAACCAUCUUCGGCGAGGAGACAAGACUAAGCCUCAGGAGAAUUGUCCCAAGCCUAGUAAAGAAGGCUCUGUGAACACUGGAGAUGAACAGCAGCCUGUUUGCUCCUACUUGGAAAAGAUCAUUUCUAAAAAUAUGGAACUGAUGGAGAAGAAAUUAAUGGACUACAUCGAUCAACGUUUGUACAGACUUCAGGAACACAUAGAUGAGAAAGUUAUCCUCCUGAUGGAUCGGCUUCAAAAUCCUAGCUUCACGGCCACCAGACUGACACAAGGAGAUUAUGAUUCCGGAGAGAGACUCUCGAAUGGAGAUAGAUAACCGAUUGUCAUAUCUAAUGUCUGAUGCAUGAAAAUCAAAACCCUAACAAAACAGCUUUUGGAAGGCAAGUAUUUAGUUCCGUGCCUCUGGAGGCAUUUUCUCGUUAAACAAACAAAAACCUCAGCGUUCGUUAUUUUUAUUGCACUUGUUCCCGUAAUUCUGCCCAGGAUUGCACACUACAAAUUAACAAGUAAUGUCAUAAAAUAUUUUUGAAUGUGAUAUUUUUCACUCUUAUAAAAUCUUUAUAUGCGUUUCUGUGGCCCGGUGAUGUAGGAAAGUAUUAAAGCCACUUUUAAGAUUCCAACGAAAACAAUUUGAACCAAUGUACGUGUGCUUCGAAGAGAGCUGUGUCCUUUUUUAUUUAUGUAAAGGUAUUAGCCGUUUUGCAGUUUCUCGGUUUUGGGAAAUAGUGCUUUCAAAAGGAAUCUGAUUUUCCUUUUGCCUUUAUCGAUUUUUUUCUCUGAUGGAGGUUAUCGGAGAAUUGGAUAAUCUUAAAAUUCCCGAUCAUUUAUUUCAAGACCAGGACUUUAAAUGUGGUGUGGGUCGACUGGGGCUCUGAAUUUGUGAGUGAUGGGGUCGGGGCCCAGUGGAGAUGAAUAGUCGGGUCGGGUCAACAGUCGAGAGUAGGGCAGUGAAACAUCAAAAUCUGACCCCAUCCUUGGAGAUAUUAUCAGCGGUCGACGUGGGCCGCCCGGGAUAGGCUCGGCGCCUUUCUCCCGAUAGGGAAAAGAGCCCUGGCUUGCCCCUGUUCAGUCCUCGUAAAUGUGAUGAGGUCUGAGCCAAGAGAAUGACAGGAGGGGAUGACUGUCUGCCCAAGUAGGCCCCAGCGAAGACUAAAACGCAGAAGUCUUGUUGAGGGGUUGGCGGAGUUCCCAGCCAGUGGGAACGGCUUCCUGGGCCUUCUCCGUAGACUGCAGCAUUUCCAGAAUGAAAUGUUAGGUGGAUCUUUAAGAUAUAUGUUUCAUCCAUUCUGGAAGUUGUUUCGGGGGACUGGGAAUUAUCUCCCCACUUCUGGUCGACCAUCCCGUAAAAUGUCCCUCUGGGUUUCAAUGACGCAGCGGUUGAAUUCACGGAAUGUUUUAUUGGAGUUAAUUAAAGGGAGGCUUUACCUCUGUUAAUAUUCCUUCUGUCCUGCAUGCUGUUCAUCUUUGGUAAAGGUAACUUUCCCACCCCCUGUUUUUGUGGGGUUUUUUUGAAAUUAGUUCCUUGAGGAUUACGUGGCUGGAUGUGUUUAUUUAAAUGGUGGAUUCGUUUCCAGCGUGUUCUGUAUUAAAAUGGAAAUGUUCAGUGCCACUGA